AUGACUUCCACGACAACCGAUUCAUACACCCUCCGCCAUCACCGUCCGGGUGACAUGGGAUGGAUAGUUCAUCGACACGGUGCCCUCUACGCCCAGGAAUACGGUUGGAACGAGCGCUUCGAGGCUCUCGUCGCCGGCGUCACCGUCGACUUCGUCGAAAACUACGAUCCCGAUUGCGAACGCUGUUGGAUCGCCGACCGCAAUGGCGAGUUCCUGGGCUGUGUUAUGCUGGUCAAGGAUCGGGGAUCCGACUGCAAUGCCGCAAAGCUACGUCUGCUGCUCGUGGAGCCGAGCGCUCGAGGACUGGGAUUGGGUCGGGCGUUGAUUCGACAAUGUACGGAGUUUGCGCGCCAGGCGGGUUAUUCGCGAAUUCGCUUGUGGACAAAUAGUGUCUUGGUUUCCGCGCGACGCCUGUAUGAGAAGGAGGGCUAUAAGCUAGUGUCCUCGGAGGAAGAUGAGAAGUUGGGGUUCAAGUCGUCACACGCGAGUUGUCCACUGGACCGGAGUUAA